GUUUGUGCAACUUGUGACUGAAGUUAAGGAGUUUCCAGUUGUUAGUCUCAUAAAUGGAAGAUGUUUUUGGGCACUUAAUAAUGAUCCUAUCUACACUAACAUCAUUCAAACAUGAUGAAGAGUAGUUUAUUUCUCUGAUAAAAUUAUACACGCUCCGUAACUGAGAAAACUAGGCGCGGAAUUUAGCCUUUACGUUGAAUGUGGUGUAUUCGUUUACCUGUUUUAACCUGGGACAUCCGUAUACCAUAUCACUGAACAUUUUUAAGAGUUUGUCACAUUAAAAAUACAUAGAAUAUAUUAUCGAAUGGAUUAUACGCUUGCACAAUUUACAACGAUGCGGUACACAUUAUCUAAAAGAGGUUAAGCUAGAUUCUUUUUUUUUUUUGUAGACACAGUAUCUUUCUGUUAGAGAUAAUCAUGUUCGAGACAUUUAGGCUAGAUACUUGAUUUGCCUUUUUUUAUUCUCCAAUCUUUUAGCUAUUUAAAUUAAUCAUUAACUAAAUUUUCCCUGCAAUGUUGUGCAUCGUAUAAACUAUAACUUUGAGGAAUGUGAUUUAUUUGGGAAAAAAAAUUAACAUGAAGUUAAGGAGCCCAAAAAGUAAAGUGUCUAGUGUCUUUUUUUAAGAUAUUUUUUUGCUACUGGCCUCUUAGAUAUUUGAUGAUGAAAGUGUAAUUAUAGGCGAUUUACACUCAAUAUUAUUACUAAUAAAUGGGAUGAUGGAGCUUUAAAAACAAAAACAAAAAAAAACAAAAUUGAUUCUCCUAAACUGACUCUCCAAGAUCAAAUAACAAGUUCGCUCCAUUAAUAUUUGUCAAAAGCAAACGGGCCUUUGAUAAUGCUCGUUGCGUCGGAAAAGCCCAUUUUGCUCUUUCGUCUUUAGUCUUCGUUUAGUCUUUUUCCGUUCCCAUUGCGUUGAACCGCGCGCUGCAAAAUUCGCUGAUGCAGCAAUUGGAGGCAAAACCUUCACGCUAGAUCUUCAUAACCUAUCCGAAUUCGGGUUCUCAUCACUUUGAUGAAGACACUAUCGGGGAAUUAGGGUUUAAAGAAACUUCCGUUUUCGAUCAUCUUGGUUUUGUUAAAGCAUUGCGGGCGAUGGUUUGAAUGCUGAUUCGUUUGCUGCAUGAAACUUGGGUAAAAUGACGGUACCCAGUCGAAGCUUCACUCGAAUUGACACUUUGGAGCUGAAAGCUUUGAUUGCUCGAAAGAUUGGGCAUCAGAGAACUGUGAAAUAUAUUGAACAGCUCAAAAGAUUUGUCAGUUUAAAGAUCGGCAAGUCUGAGUUUAACAGGUGCUGCAUCAAGACAAUAGGGAAGGAAAAUCUGUCUCUCCACAACCAACUUAUGAGGGCACUGCUCAAGAAUGCUCGGCUGGCUAAAGUCCCACCUCCAAGGGCUUCUUCAAAAAUAGGCAGUCCUCUUAGCGCUAAAAUUUCAAAUGUGGAUCCCUUUUCACCUUGCCUCCAGAGAACCAGGUCUUCAGCCGGCAGGGACGGCAAGUUUAAGGACUGGCAAAGUCCUUUGAGACCGUUGGGCAAACCUCAAAGUGUAACAUCUUUAGAAAUGAUAUCCAAAGCCCAGGAGCAGCAGAGUGCAACCGAAUUGCAUUCCCUUGGCAGUAGGCCACCUAUUUCUGUUGAAGAUGGGGAGGAGGUUGAACAAAUGACUGGAAGCCCUAGUAUCCAGAGUAGGAGCCCUGUUACAGCACCUCUUGGUGUAUCCAUGAACUUCGGCUGUGGAAGAAAACUUCUGUCUAAUGUAUCAACUUGUCGUAAAUAUUUGGAGACCUGUCAGGGCAGUAGGGAUCUACCUGAUACGAGUUCUCUGAGGAGACGAUUAGAGCAGAAGCUGGAAAAGGAGGGUUUAUCUGUGACUGUGGAUUGCGUAAAUCUAUUGAAUAAUUCCCUGGAUACAUAUUUGAAGAAGCUGAUUGAGUCCUCUUUCGGUUUAGCCGGGUCAAGACAGGGUAGCGAGCGCUUAAGACAACUAAAUGGUCGGUCGGUACCUGGUUCAAAUGUAUCACUACCCGGAAGAUGUAUACAAACAGUAACAAAUUCUGCUUGUACAUCUCUUCUAGAUUUUCGUCUUGCAAUGGAAUUGAAUCCACAAAUUCUUGGACCAGAUUGGUCCAUGCAGUUUGAGAAGAUUUGUUUAAGCGCCUCUGAAGAAUGAAGCUUCUGUUUUCACUGGAUUAGAAUUCAAUUGGAAUCAAAGGGCAGGAGUUGGCAGAUAAGGGAUUAAUUUGUUGAUUGAAGUUUUGAGUGUCUAUAAUUUCUCACUUCAGCUGACAUGAAUAUUGAUUUCCAUCUCCUGAAGUCACGUCGAUUGCCAAAACAGAAUAAGUAACAUCUGGGAUUCUAGGUAUAAGUUGGCUAGAUUACACGAAAGAUACAGGGACUGAGGGUUGUUGGGGAGUGGAACAUGUUUAUACAGAUAUGACCCUCUUGAUUGGAUGAGAGCUUCACUGUUUUCAAGAGUUCAACAUUGAUUGUUGAUGAUGCCCACUUGUUGCCACGCUUAUUUUGAUUCGCCAACUAAUUGUUGUAGGCUAGGCUUGGAUGUACUUCUUGGGUCCUCUUGUUUUAUAUAAUACAAGUUUCUCCUUAGUCCUUCUAAUUUCAGCAAUUUUCUGUUAUAUGGAGUACGUCCUCCAUUAACCGCAGCAAAUGAAAGGUGAUUUCAUUCUAAUUUUACGAUGUGGAAUGACAUCUUAACAAUUUAAUUUA